AUUCCACUACACGUCGCAAUUGGCUUUUUACGUCUCUGUGCGUUCGGUGCGUGUGCGAGCGUGACACCGGGUUAAAAGUCUUUCACAGGCAUCCACAGGUUGCCCAUGCGGCACAGGGAAUGUAUCUACUGUCAGGAUAAAAAGAGAAGCAGCACAAUAUUUCUGGGAGUUUUGCCAUCCGAAAUAAUCCUCAAUCUCGGGACACCUGCAACCUUUUCUGCACGAUGACCAAAGUGGCCAGUCCGGCGUUAAUGAUGGAAUCGGAGAUGAUGUUCCAACCAGAGUCAGAUCAGAUAUCUCCAGUCGAACCCAAGUCUCCGCCCCUGGACCUGAUCGACACAGGGAAGGGGUUGAAGGUCCAGACUGCGACGCCUCAUCUGGUCAGCCUGGGCAGUGGGAGGCUGAGUGUGGCUAUCACCCUGCUGCCUCUGAAAGAAGGUGUGACCCGUAUAGGCAGAGAAGAUGCUCCAAUUCCUCAAGAUAUCACAAUCCAGGGCCCUGGCAUCGAGGCAGAGCACUGUCUCAUCUUCAAUGAAGGAGGGGUUGUGACCCUAGACCCCUGUGGCCACCUCUGCAGUCUGGAUGGAGUCCAGGUCACUGUGCCGACACCGCUCACUCAGGGUUAUUCCCUGUGUCUGGGUAAGUCCUAUUUCUUCCGGUUCAACCAUCCCGAAGAGGCGAGCAGAAUGAAGAGCAUGCUUCCACAGAAGAGCCCCGUGUCCGCCUUAGCCUACAACACAGAUUACCUGAAGUUCAGCAGCGACUAUAGCCAUGCCGUGGUGGGCGGCACCAGCAGUGCUAGGGGCAUGCGAUCGGCCUCUGAGCUUCGGGACUUGAUGGACACUUUGCAACGCAAGAAAAUUGCCUUGGAAAACAGUCUGAGAGCCAACGGGAAUGCAAGCCCCUCCUACUUUAGUGUAACACAGUCUCCUCCCACCACACCUGUGUCCAGUCUAGCCACGUCUUCAUCAGCCUACCAGGAACAGGCAAGGCGUUUCUAUGGCACAGAUCGUCCCCCUAUGUCUUUGAAAUCUGCUUCCCCUCUUUCCCCUGGACGAAGGUCUGACCCUUCCUCUUCUCUGGCAUCCCGCACUCUAGCUGGCCGGAAUCAGGAAAACAUUGGCAUCGGUGAUAGCCGGCGACUGCACAACCCGGGCUCCUCUCCUUUGCUCUCCAUGUGGAAUGGCGGAGGAUCCUCCAAUUCUGUUGCUGGGAGCGAUUGCUCCCUCCUCUCUCUACCUCCCUCCUCCUCAUCCCGCGCUCCAUCGUCGGGGGGUGCAGCCAGCAUGCCCUCAAGCCCCCGUUUGGGACGCCGUAGUUACGGGAGCAAAGAGCCGCCGCCCAGCAGCCGAACCAGAAAAUACUCAGCGGGUUCGCUCGGUGGCAUGACGGCAGGAGGACACAGCCGCUCGCUGCCACGUCUCUGUCCCUCACCAUCCCACCAGGAUAACAACGGAGGGUUGACCUUGUCAACUCUGCCUCCGCGACGGUCUGAUGUUGCAGGGAGCUACAAAUAUAGCAAAGACCAUUACAGCAACAGUCAGAAUGCCAGCUCUGACCUCAACCACAACUCUAGUAGCUCCAGCCAGCAAACUUUAAACAGGAAUCAGAUCCAGACUUCCACUCAGGGUGAAGGUGUUGUGUGUAUCUCCCUCUCCUCCCCAAAGAGCUCGCCCUCCGCCAACCACUCCACCUCUCCCACAACCGCCCCACCAGAUGUGACAAUACCAUCCAAAGCAGGUGGCUCCUCUUCUCCCCGUGUUGCCAAAAAGCUCAGCUUGACCUCCACUAGCUCACUGGGCACCAACAAUUCCACGAGUUCCAGCUCUUCAGAACCAGAAGGGCUGGCCAACCACGGACACUCCUCAGGGACGUCUUUGGGGGGACGGGAGAGUCGAGGUGUGGGACUGGACCUGAAAGACGCCCCGGGACAGGGAUUUGGACAGAGGAGGUCUUCGUUUGGGAAGGCGGGACUGGAACCUGGGAUUGGUUUAGGGGAGAGGAGACAGUCUUUUGGAAAGGCAGGAGUGACCCCACCAGGGGGCUUCAGGGAAAGAAGAGGGAGCAUCAGCUCACUGAGCGGGAAGGAAGAAUUGACAGACUACCACCAACGACAGAAAGAGGAGAGACUCCGCGAGCAGGAGGUGGAGAGACUGGAGCGACAGCGGCUUGAGACCAUCUUGUCUCUUUGUUCUGAACUGGGCCGAUCUGAAAGGGAUGGAGGCGGCGCGACCACGAGUCCAACUUCAGCGGUCGCGGACCUUCAAAAAAUCAACCAGGAGCUUCAGAAGCUACAGCUGAACGACGACGACGACGACGACACGCCCUCGGUGUUCUCGGACUCUUCAGCUGUCAAUGGGACCGUGGGGAAUGGGACCCCAAACUCGCCUGGAUCGGAGAACGGUUACUAUGACGACGAUCUUCAGGUACGACGGAGGCGCAGCAGUGGUCACCGUGACAACAGGGCGGAAUCACCUGCCGUUAGCCUGCGCAGCUUUGCACCGUCUCCCUCCCCGCGCACAAUGAGGACAAAUGAGGCUCUAGAUGAUGCAGCUCAUCGCCGUGGACAGGACAUGAUGCCUUCGGAGGAGGAAGUGAGGCGUGUUGAAGAGGAGCGGAUCCAGGUACUGAACAACAUGGAGGAACUGGAGCAAAAGAUCAAAGAGCUGGACAACCAAAUGGAAGAAUCUGCACGAGAGGUGGAGGUCGAGCGGGCUCUGGUUGAGGCUGAGCAGGAGUCAGAGGUAGCAGCUCUCCAGCAGGAAAAAGAUGCUUUGGAAGCACUUCACACCAAGAUGGCUGACCUAGAGACCAAGUCCCAGCAGGAAAAAGAAAAGGCGUGCGAGUUGCUGCAGGCAGAAAGGGGCAGAGUAGAGAGGUUGGCUCAGAUUGUGUGUGAGCAGCGCUCCCAGCUGGACAGCUGCCCGGAAGCAACCAAGGAGCCCCUGCAGGAGCAGCUAGCCAGGGACUGUGAGGCGCUUGAAGCAGAGACAAAACGUUUUGAGGACCUAGAGUUUCAGCAGCUUGAGAGAGAGAGCAGGCAAGACGAAGAGAAGGAGACACACACCCAACAGCUUCUCCGGGAUAUUGCAGACUACCAGCGCAGCACUGUCACUCGCAAGGAGCGACUCUUAGCUCUGAAGAAGCAGGCAGCACAGAUUACCCAGCAGGCUCAGCGAGAAAAGGAGAGCUUCUUGAAGGAAAGGAGCAACCUUGAAUCCAUGCUGCAAAGGGAGAAAGAAAGCCUCGCCUCGCUGGAAAGGAAAUAUGCUGACCUCACUGGGGGCCGGAGUUUCACACUGAGGGAGGAUUCAGCCUCUUUGGCUGAUGUGUGUCAAUCCCUCCAUUCUUCUAUUUUUCUCAAGAACGCUGAGGGCUAUGUCACAGUCAGUGAAAUCAAUGAGCUUUACUCACAGCUUGGGCAGCACCCUAAAUCUCCCCCCGCCCCCACUUUGGCCAAAGCCUCUCCCGAGUCCGAGGUAAACCCUUCCCCAGACGACGACACCCACAAUCCAACGGAGGAUGAGCUCUGUAAUUCUACCUCACCUGCCGACUGUCGCUCCUCUUCUUCCUCUUCUUCCUCCUCCCAUCUUAUCCCUCGCCCCCUCCCCAAAACACCCUCUGUGCACUGGCCAGAGAACAUGGUGACAUAUCGAGACCCCUCCCCACUCCCUGACUCUCCCCCACCACCCCUUCCUGUCAAAAAGCAUCAUCAGCGGCACAGACAGCAUUUCCGUAUGUUGGAGGAGAGGAAGAGGAACGAGAGAGAAGGUGGUGCACAUCUAAGUGACACAUUACCCAGGAAGAAAACCGCACCCGUCAUGAACCCCCAGUUCACGUGUGCAACGCUCGGACGCAGCUACCCUACCAAGCCCCACCAGCCUCUGGUACAGAGCACAAGCUGUGGCAGUAUUCUUCCAAGGAUUCUCUCCUUAUCCAACAAGGAAACUGAAUCUCGACGUCUGCAUAAAGGUCAGUCAAGCUCCCGAGCAGCUUCCCAGACCAACGUCUACCUCGAUGCAUUUGGGUACCGUGACAACCAGGCCUUUGACACAAUGAGCAUUGAUAGCAGCGAUUCCAUCGAAACCAGCAUCUCGGCUUGUUCACCUGACAAUGUCUCCAGUGCCAGUACGUCAAACGUGGCCAAGCUGGAGGAGAUGGAGCGCCUGCUGCGAGAGGCCCAGGUCGAGAAGAACCGGCUCCUCGAAUACAAGGAGCAAGAAAUGGAAAUUCGAAAGCAGGCCCUGGAAGAGGAGAGGAAAAGAAGGGAGGAACUGGAGAAAAGGCUGCAGGAGGAGACGAGCAGGCGGCAGAAACUCAUCGACCGAGAGGUGAAACUGAGGGAAAAACAGAGGGCGCAGUCCCGGCCGCUAACUCGGUACCUGCCAGUGAGGAAGGACGAUUUCGACUUGCGGGCUCACAUUGAGUCAGCGGGCCACAGCACAGACACGUGCUACCACUUGUCCAUCUCAGAAAAGACCUGCAGAGGCUACCUGGUCAAGAUGGGAGGGAAGAUCAAAACGUGGAAGAAACGCUGGUUCGUCUUUGACCGCAACCGACGCACCCUCUCCUACUACGCAGACAAGCACGAAGCCAAGCUGAAAGGAGUCAUUUACUUCCAAGCUAUUGAAGAAGUAUAUUACGAUCACUUGAAGAAUGCACAUAAGAGUCCAAACCCCUCCCUGACCUUCAGUGUGAAGACUCACGACAGGGUCUACUACAUGGUUGCUCCCUCUCCUGAGGCCAUGAGGAUCUGGAUGGACGUGAUCGUCACAGGAGCUGAGGGAUACACCCAGUUCAUGGUGUAAGGAAAGGGUUGUGGCGUCGGUUCUUUGUGGCUUUUAAACACCAAAACUUUAAUCCCUUGUUCAUUGUUGGACUUUUCGUUAAGCGUCUAGAUGUGUGUUAUUGUCAUUUGUGCUGAAGAAGGAGCAGUCUUGAAUGACUGCAGGUCAUUUUGUCGCAUUUUAUCUGCGUCGUUUGGUUUACAUGUGUGGUGAUGUGAGUGAUUAAAGCAGAUCCAGGACAGUGACUUUUGUAGUUCAGUCCAACUUCAGGAGAUCUGAAAUGUGCUGUGUCUGCCUUAGAGCGUAGCCGCAGAGUUUUACUCACGUGUAAAGAAUAAUGUUUUCUAACAAAUUAAGUUUCCCACCAGCUAAUUUUCUUCAGAAAAGAGCCACUGACACAACAACUUAAUUUUUUAGAUAGCAUUGCAAAACUCAAUGCUAAAUCAGUCUGUUUGAGCUCUGUUUUGUAUCCUAAUAUGUCCAACAGCUUAUACAGCUUGUUAAUAAUGUUAAUAUUUGACAGAAUAACAGAAUUCUCCAAAGGGUUAAGUUAGUUUUUGACUGUUUCAAGAGCAUUUUUAUCAAUUCUAAAACCAGUUCCGGUGUCUGGGGUAAAUAACGCAAAUGUAUUUUAAUCUUGUUUUAUUGCAAUUUGGUUUUCAGUAUGAUUACUGUGGCAUUCUCAGGUCUUAACUGUGUGCAUGGGUGAGCAUGUAUGCAUCAAAUGAUCAUGUAUGAGUCCGUACAUGUGAUAAAGAAGUGCCUGUUUUUUUUGUGUGUGUACACUAUUGACUAAUGUAGCUCCAAGGUGCUAUUCUUACAUGAAUAAUAAUUCCAAGCCACACCCUCACAUAAGAAAUGUUAAAUUGGGGAGUCAUUUUACACUCUGUUACAUUUAUCAAUGUGAGUAUAUACUGGCAUAUUAUUGAUUAUCACUCAUUUUUAAAUGGAUUAAUAUGUUGGGUUUACAGUAGUGCACCCACAGACUGAAACAAAUCUUAAAACAUUAUUGCCUUCCAGAAUAAACAAGAGGAAUGGUGACUUUUAAUGAGGCACAAAGUUGUUGUAUUUGUACAUUUUGUUUCUUAGCUGUAGUUAAUUACUACGAUAGUUAUGAUCCAUUAUCAACUCAGAGUCCUAUGUGUGCCUUUUUUUUUUAUCAUAAUAUAUCAUGUGACACUAUUUUUACUUGCGUACCUUCUGUAUUUUUAAAAUGUACCUAUACACUAAAUGCCAAAAUGUGUGCAGUGAGGAAAGACACAUGUGGAAAUGAGGAUUAAGCUUUAAGAUGUCUAGCAGACAAACUCUAUGGUACAUUCAUUCACUAGUCAUCCAGACUAAUGACUAUUCUGCUGCUUUCAUCCAGUCAUUGCAUAAGUCACCGCUACUUUAAUGUUUAAAUGGCUACUUACUGAUACUUUGAUCACUUAAGCUGCUUUUUGUUUUGUUUUUUGUUUUCUGUGUCAUACUCCACACUCCACCAGAAUAAUUCAGUUCACUGAUUUAUCUUAUUCUUUCUUGGCAUUGUUUUAUCGUUUUGCUGACCAAAGUCCAUAUUUAUGUGAUUUGAUGUAUAUGCGGUUUCUUUGCUUUGACUUCUCUACAACAAGAUAAAGAAAACUAGUUUAUAUUUGUUAAAACGUGACAAACCAAGCGUGUGGUCGUUUCUGCCAACUAAUGGAGCUGUUGGAGCUGCCGAAGCUUCCAUCAAUAUUUUCAUUCUUUAGUUUCGUUUUGAUAAUUAAUAUGUAUGUUGAUCUGACUGUAUUUAUGCAAUUACCAGUGCAUGUAUCUUAAUUUUGUAUUUCAAUAUGAAUAAUAAACAAAUUAUAUAUUUUACCUUUUA